GUUUGGACUCAGUCGAGAGAUCUCUGGGCGGCUGCUAAAAAGAUGUGCUGAGCUGGCGUGGUAAACUUAAACGACGGUUGGAAAAAAAGAAAGAAAGAAAAACAAAAGAUUUGCUUUUGGUUUCAGGCUUUCAGCCUUUUUCAUUUUCACUUCCCCCAAUUUCCCUAAAAUUUUCCCACGCGGGCCACGCUGAUCUUCCCGCCCCCUCACCUUCCGCCUCCGCCCACCACCGCCACGGAACGCACCGGCGGCGCCCACCCACCACGCCACCUGUAGUACCAGCAGCUUUGCUUUCACCGGGAAGUAUUCCCGUAGACUUUGUACGUGACGCCCACCGAACGACACCCGCGCACCACCACCGGCCACUUCCACCACCGACAACAACCGAGCCACCACCGGCCACGCCCACCAUCCAAAAACCGGCAGGCCGAACACCACCCUAACCUGACAUUUGAGGGUUUCAUCUCGUGCAUCAGCCUCUCUGUUUCCAAGAGUCGUGAAAGUGGUGAAGUAUCCUUCCGCUGACCACCAGAAGGCCUUCAAGAACGCCAAGAGGAUGCUAAACUUUCAAUGAUGUUAUACUUUUGCUUGCAUAAUCUUAACUAUGGGAAUGGGAUGUUUUGCGAAAUGUUCCAUAAAAUAGAAGUGAUCGCUAAACCUAUCAUCAACCUCCUCUAUCACCACCACCAUGUUCGUCCCUUCAGCACCAACCUUACUCACCCACCACAACUCUCCAACCCCACCACCACCAUUUCACCAGUCAACCCAGACCACCUCCUCCGUGUUUGCACCAUCCUCUACCAGCAACAACACUCCCCGGAGCCACGCCUCCACUCCAAGCUCCACGCUUGCCAAUCUCGCUUCUCCCACUCUGACGGUCACCUAACCCACGAGUUCUUCCUCCAAGUCUGCAACAAGUUCCCCCUAUCAUGGCGCCCCGUUUACCUCUUCUUUCAGUACACGAAGGUCAACCCAUGUUUCACCCACACCUCUGUCUCCUUCAACAAGCUUCUCAAUGUGGUUGGCAAGUCCAGGAACAUCGACCUCUUAUGCAAGCUUCUCCAAGAGAUGGGUCAACGUCGUCUUGUGAACGACAAGACUUUUAGGAUUGCGCUCAGGACGUUGGCGGCGGCAAGGGAGUUAAAGAAGUGUGUGGAGUUUUUCCACAUGAUGAAUGCAUGUGGGUGUGUGUAUAGUUUGGAGACUUUGAAUAAGGCGGUCGAAGCUUUGUGUGGGGAUGGUCUUGUUGAGGAGGCCAAGUUUGUUGUGUCCAAGUUGAAAGAAUGCAUAAGACCAAGUGGGGAUACUUACAAGUGUUUGAUAAAAGGUUUCUGCAAUGUAGGUGAUUUAGUUGAGGCUUCGAAAAUUUGGAACUUGAUGGUGGAUGAAGGGUUCGAGCCGGAUAUUAAUGCGGUUGAGAAAAUGAUGGAAACCCUUUUCAAGAUCAAUCGGUACGACGAGGCACUAAAGCUGUUUCAGAUGAUGAGGACGAAGAGGAUGAAUGAUUUGGGUCUUUCAACUUACAGGCUUGUGAUUGAGUGGAUGUGUAGAAGGGGCAAGAUUGCCCAAGCAUAUGUGGUGUUUGAAGAAAUGCGCGACAGAGAGAUUCAAGCUGAUAACUUGACAUUGGCAUCACUUAUUUAUGGGCUUUUAGCGAGAGGGAGAGUUAGAGAGGCUUAUAGGAUUGGGGAAGGGAUUGAGAAACCGGAUAUAAGUGUGUACCAUGGAUUGAUCAAGGGGCUUUUGAGGUUAAGAAGGGCAAGGGAAGCAACCCAAGUGUUUCGGGAGAUGAUAAAGAGAAGGUGUGAGCCCACAAUGCAUACCUACAUAAUGCUAUUGCAAGGGCAGUUAGGGAGGAGAGGGAGGAAGGGAACUGACCCACUUGUGAAUUUUGAAACCAUUUUUGUUGGAGGUUUGGUGAAAGCAGGUAAGUCCUUAGAAGCCACCAAGUAUGUGGAGAGGAUUAUGAGGAGAGGACUAGAGGUGCCCAGAUUUGAUUACAAUAAGUUUUUGCAUUAUUAUUCAAAUGAGGAGGGUGUUGUUAUGUUUGAGGAGGUGUCAAAGAAAUUGAGAGAGGUAGGAUUGUUUGAUUUGGCAGAUAUAUUUCAAAGGUAUGGGGAAAAAAUGGCCACGAGAGACAAAAGAAGAAAUAGAGCAGUUGAACUUUAGAGAUUAUCAUUUGCUUCAUGAGUUUAUAUCUGUAUUGCUGCCUUUCUCAUUUUCUCAUUUUGAUUACUCUUUUGUGAGGUGUCAGUGGUACUCUCUUGAUUUUGGUUAGGGAAUUACUAUUGUAUAGUGUGUACUUUCUUCUUUUGGACGAAAAGAUUCCUCUUUUUAUUUAAAUUUUAGUUGUGUAUUAAAUUUUAUGCAUCA